AUGGAUAGAGAACAAGAAGAGAUGCAGUCUCUAGGGUUGUUUGGCUUCCUUUACGAAGAAGCCUCCAAGAUCACACUUUCAUGGAGGAAAAUCCUCACCCAAAUCACCUUAAAACUAAUAAUCCCUCUCUCCUUCAUCUUCCUCAUCCACAUUGAAGUCUCCAACCUUUUCUUCAGCAAGAUUCGCUCCCACACUAAAGAAAUGCAUGGAACAAACCCUAACCCUAACCUACCUCAAUAUGUGAAGCUCUCUGACAAGAUCUCGUCUGAAUUGAUCACUGUUUCAACAUUCCAAAUCGCUUACUUCACUUUUCUUCUUAUCAUCUCCCUCCUCUCCACCUCAUCAGUGGCAUACACCAUCGCUUCCAUCUACACCCCCGAAGAUGUAACAUUCAAGAAGGUUAUGAAUGUUGUCCCAAUGGUGUGGAAGAGGUUCAUGUUGGCCUUUUUAUUUGCUUUAGCAUUUUUUUUCCUUUACAAUUUUGGGAGCAUGAUAGUUAUAUGCUUAUGGGCAAAUACAUUUGGGAUAAUGAGUGGUGGGGGUGCAAUUUUUGAUUUCAUAGGGGUUAUUUACUUCAUAGGGCUUGCUCACUUCACCGUGGUGGUGCAACUAACAAUUAUGACUGAUUUGCAUGACUCUUGGGAAACCCUAGCCAUGGAGAAGAACUACAAGUUGAUAAAGGAGAAGGUGGUUUUUUUAAUAUUCACAAUUUUCGCUCAAAUGGUUAAUCUUGUUUCAAUAAUGGUUUCAUCCUCUGGGAAGAUGCCGAUAUUGAAGGAAAGGCGGGCGAGUUCCGUGAACAAGACGGCGAUACUUCUCUCUUUCUUGCUCGUGACUUGUUUGUUCCUCUUUGGAUUUUUGCUGCAUGCUGUGAUCUACUUUGUUUGCAAGUCCUACUACCAUGAGAAUGUAGACAUGCCGGCUUUACCAGAUAAUCUUGAAGUGUAUGGAGGAGAGUAUGUGCAAUUGGAGGUCAAUGAUGUUCAGCAGGAGCAAGAUUUUAUAAUAUAG